AUGAUGGAAAUUGACAUAAACACUGCAAAACGUUUGCUUGAUCAGGAUGAGAGUCGCCUUCACGACAAGGAUUUCAUGGCGAAUUUGAGCCGAUUACGUCAACAACAUAAGCAGACAUUCUCGAUCAUUGAAUCGCUCUAUAACACCAAUGUUGAUCAUCACUAUCAUCAUACGGUGGCACCUCCGCAUUUAUCAACGAGUGAAUAUGAUGCUGAUAUGUUCGGUAAUGCUUUUAAAAGCAUCAAUUCAUGCUUUUAUGCCCCAUUCAUUUUCUUUUAUGCCCAUCAAACUCUUGUCAUUAUGUUAUUUGGAAGACACAACAGGAGCAUGUGCAUCAUCCAAUACCCUUCAGAUUACUGUAAUCGUGGUUAUUUGGGCGAUCAGCAGCGUUCCAAGUCAAUGCAAUCGCUAUUGCACAGUUGUGAAUGCUGGCAAGAAGAGAAAACAGUUCAGUUCACUGAAGAAGAAUGGAUCCCUCAGAUUACUGUGCCGAAACCGUUCAAGAUGACCCUGAGGGAUGAGAAGAGGCCAAUAAAAGCCACAUAUUCACAAAAGUUUCUGAACAGUUUGAUGGAGGAGAAACAAGAGCAACUACGUGAAAACAGACACGCAACUAACAAACUCAGGUUCAAAGCAAGACAGGUACCAAGAUCGACAUACGAGCCGAGGUAUGAACAGUUGCUGGAUGAUAUGGAACGUGUGAGUUGUCUAUCUUCCGUUGCCAAUCUUCAGCGCUUCAAGUACUCACCUAAUAAUAUCCGGCUUCAGUUAGCAAAUGAAUGUAAGAAUUUAAAGGCUCGUGAAGAACGUCACCAUCGCGCAAUAGAAAUGAGCAAAAGUGCUCGACGACCAUUCAGUGCCGUUCGAGGUGCAUCGUACUGUCAUCGUCCACUAACCAAUUACCAUAUGCGUCGAUGUGCGAGUGCAGAUGCAUCCGAAUGGCAACGACGAGAGACUUUCAAGGCGAAUGAUGUACCGCUGAGUGUUUAUUUGCCUCCGCACAAAGACGAGAUUCAAGCCGCGUUCCGAGCAAAAGCUAAGGCUGAACGUGCCAUUAAGAUGAUCGAACAAAGUAAAGAGCCUCGCGGAAUGCAGAUACCAGAUUUCAAACGUCUUCAUCAACGCCUCAACGAUAAACUCGAUAAAGCACCCGUGAAACCGACAACUAUCGCGAAACCGUUUCAUUUCGAAUCUGAUGAUCGAAUUCGAUCACACAAUGUUAGUUUUGCUCAUUUUUGCAAGCCAACAUCACUAUCCGAUAACCCGAAAAACUUGCGACGACGAUGCUUUUCGGUGGUGAAUUUGGCCACCGCCGACUCAUCUGCUGCUGGUGCCCAUAGAGUUCGUUUGAACCAAGCCUCUCUGCUACGGAAUGAAGCAAUCAAAUGGCGGAUGCAAAAACUGGAAGCCGAAAAGAAUCGGUCGAGAGACUUUUGGGAGGCGGUCAAAGAGGAUCACCAAAUCUAUCGACAACGGCUAAGGCAACGGUUGUCGGCCGAAGGAGUUGUUUCGGAUGACGUUAAGAGGAAACUUGAGGAAAAAAGGUUCACCACUGAAUGA